AUGGCCGUAUCUCACACCACUUUCUCUGGUUUGAGGACAGAAAUGGGCAUCUUGCAAACCAACCAGUACUUGCACUCCCAGCUGGAAAAAAGCAAACAGGACUUUCGAGACCUCACAGAGAAACUGCUCACGUCCCAAGCUACUGUUUACUCCCUGGCCAACCAGCUGCAGAAAUACAAGUGUGAAGAGUACAAGGACCUCAUUGAAUCUGUGCUGGAGGAGGAAAUGCCCUUUGAGGAGGGGAAGCUGGCAGAGAAGAGGAGACUGGCUACACGGCUUGGGUAA